ACGUGAAGAAGAAGGAUUCGGAUCUGCUCAAGCAACUGCGAACUGAGCUCAAAAAGGCUCAGGAGAGCCAGAAGGAGAUGAAGCUUCUCCUGGACAUGUACAAGUCAGCCCCCAAGGAGCAGCGGGACAAGGUGCAGCUGAUGGCAGCCGAGAAGAAGACCAAAGCCGAGGUGGAAGAGUUGCGGGGGAGGAUCCGUGAACUGGAGGAAAAAGAGAAGAAAGAGAGUAAGAAAAUGGCCGACGAGGAUGCCUUACGCAAGAUCAAGAUGGCCGAGGAACAAAUUGAGCAUCUGCAGAAAAAACUGGCAGCAACCAAGCAGGAGGACAUUUCUCGCCUUCGGCGCAAACUGGAAAAGCAACGCAAAGUGGAGGUGUAUGCAGAUGCUGAUGAGAUCCUACAGGAGGAGAUCAAGGAGUACAAGGCUAAGCUCACCUGUCCCUGCUGCAACACGCGCAAGAAGGACGCCGUUCUCACCAAAUGCUUCCACGUCUUCUGCUUCGACUGCGUCAAGACCCGCUACGACACCCGCCAGCGGAAAUGCCCCAAGUGCAAU